CAAGCAUUGUUUACACGUGAAAUAAAAUUUGCAGCUUUGAAGUGAAUAUUUGUUUUUGUAUCUACUUAACUUUUAAAAAGUUUAUUACUUUUCCUUAAAAGACUUUGCAUAAUGUCUGCGUGCAUAGAAAUAAUAGAGGAUAUUGAAGACUUAAUAUCUUCACAAGAUAUUACUCCGAAAGAAAGAUAUAGUAACAAAAUGGGUGUUUCAGUUCGACCAAAGAAACGUCAGAAAUUGCAAGUUGCGAGUGAGGAACAAAAUAAAGAAUAUGUGAUUCCCGAAAAAGUAAUUCAUAAAAGUGUUAUACCGGGAACACAGAAAAUUUACGUAAAAACUUGGGGAUGUGCUCAUAAUAACUCUGAUUCAGAGUACAUGGCUGGACAGCUAGCAGUGUAUGGUUAUAAUUUGACAAAUAAUAAAAAUGAAGCAGAUUUGUGGUUAUUAAACAGUUGCACGGUUAAAAAUCCAUCUGAAGAUACAUUUCGUAACGAUAUUAAGAGUGGGUUAAAGGAUGGAAAACAUGUCGUUGUAGCUGGUUGUGUUCCCCAAGGAGCACCGAAAUCAGAAUAUUUAAAAGGAUUAUCUGUCGUUGGAGUCCAACAAAUCGAUCGGGUGGUCGAAGUUGUAGAGGAAACACUAAAAGGUCACACUGUGCGGCUACUUCAGCCAAAAAAGGAUACUGGUAAAAGAGUAGCUGGUCCUAAACUAGCUUUACCAAAAGUUAGAAAGAAUCCAUUAAUUGAAAUUAUACCUAUCAAUUCUGGCUGCCUAAAUCAGUGUACUUAUUGUAAGACAAAACAUGCACGUGGUGAUUUGGUAAGUUAUUCUCCGGAGGAAAUAGUUGAACGGGCAAAACAAGCAUUCGAGGAAGGCUGUUGUGAAAUUUGGUUAACUUCCGAAGAUACGGGAACUUAUGGAAGAGAUAUUAACAGUUCUCUUCCUGAAUUAUUAUGGAAAUUAGUGGAAGUAAUUCCUCAAUCAUGUAUGAUGCGGGUUGGAAUGACAAACCCCCCUUAUAUAUUAGAACAUUUGGAAGAAAUAGCUAAAUGUUUGAAACAUCCUCGAGUUUAUUCAUUUCUCCAUGUACCUGUUCAAAGUGGUAGUGAUAGUGUUUUAAGUGACAUGAAGCGCGAAUAUUGUAGGAAAGAUUUUGAACAAGUUGUUGAUUAUCUGCGGGACAAUGUGCCAGGUGUUACUAUUGCAACUGAUAUAAUAUGCGGUUUUCCGGGCGAAACUGAGGCAGAUUUUGAAGAAACAAUGACACUGUGUGAAAAAUAUAAAUUUCCCUCCCUUUUUAUAAAUCAGUUCUUUCCUAGACCGGGAACACCUGCUGCAAGAAUGGAAAGAAUUCCAGCGAAUUUAGUGAAAACACGUACAAAACGCUUAACGGACCUAUUUUAUACGUAUGAGCCAUAUAUCCAUAAAGUAGGCGAAAAACAAACAGUACUUGUAACAGAAAUUUCUCACGACAAGAAUUUUUACGUAGGACAUAAUAAAUUUUAUGAACAAGUUUUAUUACCAAAACAAAAGAACUUACUUGGCAAAUCUGUUCAAGUGCGAAUUGUUUCUGCAUCGAAAUUCAGUAUGAAUGCAGAAUUAAUAGAUGAUGAAUCUAAAUGGGAAGAAUGUAGUAGAAAAACUAACAAUGGAACUGUUAACAUUUUUGGUCAACUUGGUGAUUGCAAUAAUACAAAUGGAUGUCAAACAAAUGAAUGUUAUGAAAAAACUAUUAGCAAUGAAAAUGUUGAUAUUAAAAAAGCCAGAUGGUCGUAUCUAUUGUUUUAUGGAUUAAUCGGCGCUUUUAUUGCUUUGGUUUAUAGAUUUGUUUGGAAAAUAUUGGCCACAAAUAGCUAAAUAUAUUUUGUAUAAAUUCACCAAACUAUAGAAAUGCGAAAUAUGUAUUUGUUUUGUAUAUCAUAAUUGAAAUUAAAUAUUCGUUUUAUUUUA